GGGCACGAAGAGGGCGCGGGAACUUAAACUAAACCAUAGUGGGAUACUCAAGGCUUGGUAGCCGUGGAGAAGUGAUAGCGUGAACUGAGAAAAAUGGAGAAACAUAUGGCGACGUUGAAGAGUGGAACAGUUUGCACUGCUUGGAACUAUAGUGCCCAAAGAUUAGCAGCUGGCACCAUUAAUGGCGUCCUUUCCAUCUUCGAUUCUCCUGACCCUGCUUCCUCUUCUUCCUUCUCUUCGUCUUCAUCCAUUCAGGUACACGAAGGUAGUAUUCUGAAGGUUGUAUGGGUGCCACCAGAGUAUGGAGACGCUGUUGCUUGCAUUUUGGAUGAUGGUACUCUGUCGUUGUGGGAAGAAGUUGCUGAAGAUGGUCAAUCUCUUCGGUGGAAGCUUUGUACGUUGUUUAAGAAUGCAAGUGCACGUGUAUUAGAUAUUCAAUUUGGAGGCUCUUCAUCUUGUUUAAUGUUGGUUGCAGCAUAUUCAGAUGGCUAUGUCAAAGUCUAUGAGCUCCAGAAUCCCUUGGAACUGAACACUUGGCAACUUCAGGCAGAGUUCCAGAAUGUCAUUGACUCAGUUUCUAAAUUUGCAAAAGUUUCAUGCUCAUCAGCAUCCAUUUCAUGGAUACCACAAAUAGGUGAAAGCCAUCAGUUGAGCUUUAUUUUGGGCUUCAAUUCAGAUAUACCACAGCUCAAUUCUUCCAAGGUCUGGGAAUUUGACCGACUACAUCAAAGGUGGCUUCCUGUUGCUGAAUUGGCUUUAUCCGAAAAUACUGGUGAUCCAGUAUAUGCUGUUGCAUGGGCUCCCAAUAUUGGCAGGUCAUAUGAAAUAAUAGCUGUUGCUACUCAGAAGGGUAUAUCAAUGUGGCAUGUUGGUUUGCACCCUGAUGCGGACGGGCAUCUCUCCGUGGAGAAUAUUGCUCUGCUGUCAGGUCACCAGGGCGAGGUUUGGCAAAUGGAGUGGGACAUGAGUGGAAUGACAUUGGCAAGCACCGGGAGUGACGGGGUGGUCAGGCUUUGGCAGUCUAAUUUAAAUGGUGUCUGGCAUGAACAGGCAAUCCUAGAACCUUCUUCAUAAUCUUGAAAAAGCGCUAUGUAACUCUAAGUUUGCUUGUAUUUAUAUUAUUUGACACCAUUUGGCGAUGUUUUUUUUUAGUAUGGUUGACAUUUCUAUAGUCGACAAAUUUUGAGCGAUUACUCGCCUGGUUACAGGAGCUUUAGAUGAUCCGAGAUUCAGCCUCAUAUUAUAUCAAAAUUUGGUUGAUCAAAUUUUUUCAUGUUUGUGCUUUAAUGCGCACUGAAUAUCAGAAUGUUCACUUGGUG